AAAAAACAGAGGGAGUAUUAAUCCGUUAAAAACCUUCAAUACAACCGAGGAUCUUAGAUCUUAUGAAUAUGGAAGGUAAAGCCUUGACAUCAAGUUCAGUAAGAAAUUGAUUCUGUGUUGUAUUGAUUGUGUUAUAUUAUGAAGAAGGCAUUCAAGAAAAUCUUCAAGACCCAUUCAAGAAAACAUUCAGAGGAAGCAAAAGAAGCUAUGGCAUAUCCAUCCACUAGCAAUGCUAAUGAUGUCUCACAUUCUGAGGAAUUUAAAGAGGGUUCUAAAAAGUCAAGGGACAAUCUUGCUGCUAAUCUGAUACUAAAUCAUGAUUUCUCUAACGGGUUAGAUUCAUGGCACCCAAAUUGCUGUGAAGGCUACGUGGCUUCUAAUUCGGGUUAUCCUCAAAACAUAUCAGCUAGUCCAGGCAAUUAUUAUGCUGUAAUAACAAAUCGCAAGGAAUGUUGGCAGGGCCUUGAGCAAGACAUCACAACAAGAGUUUCCCCAGGUCUCACUUAUACAGUGUCUGCUACUGUUAGUGUAUCAGGGCCUCUUCAAGACAUUGCUGAUGUUUCCGCUACACUCAGAUUAGAAUAUCGUAAUGCAGCAACUAGCUAUUUGUUCAUCGCAAGAACAUCUGUUUCCAAAGACGGAUGGGAGAAGUUGGAAGGAACAUUUCUAUUGUCAGAUAUGCCUGAUCAGGUUGUGUUGUAUUUUGAAGGACCCUCUCCUGGAGUAGACCUACUCAUAAAAUCAGUUUCGGUUUUUAGUCCUAGCGAGUUCAGAAAAUUCGAAGAGGGUGUUAAAACUUCAUGGAAGAACCUCGUCGACAAUAUCAUAAAAAACCAUGACUUCUCUGGAGGAUUGGAUUCUUGGCAUCCAAAUUGCUGUGAAGGGUAUGUGGCUUCAGCCACAUUGGAUUACUCUGGGGAGACAUCAGAUAGGUCAAGAAAUUAUUAUGCUGUAAUUACAAAUCGAAAGGAAUGUUGGCAAGGCCUGGAGCAAGACAUCACUUCAGGAGUUUCCCCAGGUUCCACAUAUUUAGUUUCUGCUAUCGUCAGCGUAUCAGGGAAUCUUCAGGACUUUGCAGAUGUUUCUGCUACACUCAGACUAAUGCACCAAGACAAAACAACUAGCUACUUGUUCGUUGCCAGAACUUCUGUUUUCAAAGAUAAGUGGGAGAACUUAGAAGGCACAUUUUCCUUGCCAGAUACGCUUGAGCGAGUUGUGUUAUAUUUUGAAGGACCAUCUGCUGGAGUAGAUUUACUAAUAAAAUCAGUUGUAGUAUCCGGUCCUACCUUCAGCGAGAUCAGGACUGGAAGCAUAGAAUAUGUCUCUGGUGGAAAGGAGAUCACCUUGAAUCCUGAAUUUGAUGAUGGCAUUCAGUGUUGGUCCGGAAGAGGCUGCAAAAUUGUUUUGCAUAAUUCCAUGGUAGAUGGAAAAAUUCUUCCCGCAUCUGGAAAGUGCUUUGCAUCAGCAAGAGAACGCACAGCGACUUGGCAUGGCAUUGAGCAGGACAUAACUGCAAGAGUGUGCCGAAAGCUUGCAUAUGAGGUAUCUGCUACAGUUAGGAUAUUUGGUAACAAUGUUAGCAAUGCAGAUGUCCGGGCUACCUUGUUCGUUCAAACAUCAGAUCGCCGUGAGGAAUACAUAGGAAUCGCAAAUGCUCAGGCAACAGAUAAAGAUUGGGUACAAUUGCGUGGAAAAUUCCUUUUAAAUGGUUUUUUUUCGAAGGUAGUAAUUUAUCUGGAAGGUCCACCACCAGGCACUGAUAUCCUCCUCAACAAUUUUGUUGUUCAGCGUGCAGAAAGACGCCCUCCAUUGCUUGCAAAAGUUUCUGAGAGAGUAGAUUAUGGAGCAAAUAUAAUGACCAACAGCAACCUUGGUAACGGAACAAAUGGAUGGUUUCCCCUUGGUAAUUGCACUUUGAGCACUGGAAUUGGUUCGCCCAAUACAUUUCCCCCAAUGGCAAGGGCUACUUUAGGGCCUUGUGAGCCGUUAAGUGGUCGUUUCAUUAUUGUUUCAAAUCGUACUCAGACUUGGAUGGGCCCUGCUCAGAUAAUCACAGAUAAAAUAGAACUCUAUCGUACAUAUCAAGUUUCUGCUUGGGUUAGGAUUGGUUCUAAUGCAGCUGGUCCUCAGAAUGUAAAUGUUGCAGUUGGUGUUGACAGCCAAUGGGUAAACGGGGGCCAAGUUGAGAUUAAUGAUCAAAGAUGGCAUGAAGUUUGUGGGUCUUUCCGGAUUGAGACAAAACCAACUAAGGUGAUGGUUUAUGUUCAAGGUCCUGUAGCAGGUGUUGACUUGAUGGUUGCUGGAAUGCAUAUUUUUCCUGUUAAUCGGCAUGCAAGGUUCAGACACUUGAAAGAUCAAACUGAUAAGAUACGUAAACAUGAUGUUGUCUUAAAAUUCUCCAGAUCAGAUUCAGUUAGUACGCAGGGAAUACCCGUAAAAGUCCGACAAGUACAUAAUAGUUUCCCCUUUGGCUCAUGUGUGAGUAGAAGUAACAUAGACAAUGAAGAUUUUGUUGAUUUUUUUAAGCAACAUUUCAAUUGGGCUGUGUUUGGAAAUGAGCUGAAAUGGUACUGGACUGAGUCGGAGCAAGGAAAAAUAAAUUACAAGGAUGCUGAUGACCUGUUGAACUUUUGCGCCAGCCAUAACAUUGAAACUCGGGGUCACUGUAUAUUCUGGGAAGUGGAAGACACAGUUCAGCCAUGGAUCCGGGCUUUGAACGAGAAUAAUUUAAUGGCAGCAGUUCAGAAUCGCCUAACAAGCCUUCUCACCCGCUACAAGGGGAAGUUUAGGCAUUAUGAUGUAAACAAUGAGAUGCUGCAUGGAUCAUUCUUUGAAGACCGGUUAGGAAAAGAUAUCCGAACGAACAUGUUUAAGAAAGCUAACCAACUAGAUCCUUCUGCUAUGUUAUUUGUAAAUGAUUAUCAUGUAGAAGAUGGAUGUGACAGUAAGUCAUCUCCAGAAAAAUACAUUCAGCAAAUUCUUGAUUUGCAGGAACAAGGAGCUCCUGUUGGAGGAAUUGGUAUUCAGGGACAUAUAGAUUAUCCAGUUGGUUCCAUAGUUUGUUCUGCUCUUGAUAAAUUGGCUAUUCUUGGCCUUCCAAUCUGGUUUACAGAACUAGACGUGUCUUCUAGCAACGAGCAUGUGCGAGCUGAUGAUCUGGAAGUUAUGCUUCGAGAGGCUUUUGCUCAUCCAGCAGUGGAUGGAGUAAUGUUAUGGGGAUUCUGGGAAUUGUUUAUGUGCAGAGACCAUUCACAUCUGGUGAACGCGGAAGGGGAAAUCAACGAAGCUGGCAAAAGAUAUCUUGCACUUAAGCAAGAGUGGAUGUCUAAUGCACAGGGACAUAUUGAUGAGCAAGGGCAAUUUGGAUUCAGAGGCUUUUAUGGGACAUAUGAAGUGGAAGUUGAUAUCAGUCACUCUAAGAAGAAGAUUAUCAAGCCAUUCGUUGUAGAGAAAGGCGAGUCACCUUUGGUUUUAUCUAUCGACUUGUAGUUUCUCAAGACUAAUUCUGGAAGGAGAAUGGUCUCGGCUCUUGAUCAUGCACAUUGGGCUAACCUUUUGCUUGUGGUUUAUGGAUUACCUACUUUCUAAACUAAUAUGCAUGGUUUGUGUUAUAGAACUAAAAACGGGGGUGAGCGAUUCGUGCUUUGGACUGGUCUCGGUGCGAGAUGCCUACGUAUCUUCUGUGUGAAGAAGAAUCAAGUCCAAAACGUAGUUCUAGUUAUGAGGGGUAGAGCCCUUUAUAUAGGCGCUUCGGAGUCAGAAGUGGGACGGAAGUACGAUUCCGUGUAUCAGACUUCUUAUCGAAGUAUGCCUCGAAGCAAGAGAUAAGAUAGAACUCUUAUCCUCUUGUUGUUGACGUUUAUCCGAACUUCUGAAUAUUUAUCUGCUAGAAUCAGAUGUAUUAUAGAAUUUGGACUUGUAACUGGACCUCUAUUAAUUAAUUACGAAAUUAAUUAAUAUUUAA